AGAAGUUAUUCCUACGUUUUAAAAGUAUUAUUCGUUGAAAUUAAUCAUCAUGACUGAGACUUCAGCAUCACCGACUCCAGUCGAAGAGAAGGCACCUGCCAAGGUCGAUUCGCCUAAAAAAGCAGCUGCUAAGAAACCAGCAACUAAAGCAACUCAUCCAAGUGCUGCUGAUAUGGUUAUUGCUGCCAUCAAAUCUCUCGGCGAACGUGGGGGAUCAUCUCUUCAGGCCAUCAAGAAAUACAUCGCUGCAACCUACAAGGUCGAUAUUGAAAAACAAGCACCGUUUAUCAAGAAGUCUCUCAAGGCAGCUGUCAUCAAGGGAACUCUUGUUCAGACCAAAGGAAAAGGUGCUUCUGGAUCAUUCAAACUCCCAGUCGAGAAGCCAGCAUCUAAACCUAAAGCAGCUGUGAAGAAACCCGCUGCUGCUAAAAAACCUGCAGCUGUCAAAAAACCAGCAGCCAAGAAAGCAACUGGUGAAGCCAAGACUGCUAAGAAACCUGCAUCGCCUAAAAAGGCACCAGCUAAAAAAUCUGAGUCCAAGAAACCAGCUGCUAAAGCUCCAGCUAAAACUAAAGCAGCUGCUUCUCCUAAAGCGAAGAAAGCUACCAAAGCUCCGACAGCCAAACCGAAGUCACCUAAGCCGAAGAAAGUUGCUGCACCAAAAACAGCAAAAGCUCCAACCAGAAGAACCGCAGCAGCUAAAAAAUAAAUUCUCACUCGUACAUUCCAUAGGAAUGCCUGAUUAUAAAUACUUGAAUAUAUAUAUGUAAAAAAUGAAACCAACGGUCCUUUUCAGGACCAACCAAAUUUUUCA